AUGUAUCGACGCCAACCAGCAUUCCGGAUAGCGUGGUGCAGGAGGCCUCUGGUUAAUGUCAAUCGCCGCUUCAUCUCAUCCGAAAAGACUGUACCCGCCGACAAGCCACAUGCAUUCCAAUCGCUGCCCCCAGACUGGGAAGAUGAGCCUCCCUCGCUGGACGACUUCACGCAGCUGCCACGCGACUUCGGGAAGAAUCAGCUGAUACAGACGAAUGAGGAGUUCAAGCGAUCGUUAAGGGGCAUACUUCGGCAAUUUCCACCGGUCACCUAUGCGUUUGCCUAUGGCUCCGGUGUCUUCCCUCAGUCAGCUGCGACAGCUUCACGCCCGUCGGAAUCACCGCAUCCGAACGCGCCCGAGGCAAUUCUCAAAUGGCAGAAGGGCGGUGGAAAGAUGAUAGACUUUAUCCUGACACCUCGGUUCUCGCAGCACUUCCACUCGCUCAAUCUGCGCGAGCAUCGAGACCACUAUUCUUUCCUGGGGUCGCUCGGCUCAGGCGUCGUCAGCCAUGUGCAGGACAAGUAUGGUGCAGGCGCCUACUUUAAUCCAUAUGUUGUAGUGAACGGAACGAUGAUCAAGUACGCUGUUGUCAACUACGAAACCCUCCUCCGCGACCUCACCGAUUGGGACACCCUCUACUUCGCCGGUCGCUUACACAAGCCCGUCAAGAUCCUCCACGAAGAGCCCAACCUCCGCGUCGCGAACCAACGUAACCUCCUCUCAGCCGUACGAUGCGCGCUUCUCCUACUACCCCAGACGUUCACCGAGAAGGAACUAUACUCUACAAUCACUGGCUUGAGCUAUCAGGGCGAUCCGCGGAUGCAAUAUGGCAGCGAGAACCCCAAGAAGAUCGAUAACAUCGUCACGCACCAAAUACGGAACUUCAGAUACCUCUACCACGACCUCAUACUGUCAUUACCAAACAUACUCUACGCCGACGAUUCCGUGGUGCACACAAGGGGUUGGAUCGAAGACCAGACGCUCGAUCAGAAAAUGUCGCAAGAUAUGGAUCCCGAGAGGCGCGCUACCAUGAUCAGGCGGUUGCCCAAGAAGUUCCGUGAGAAGGUAUACUUCCAAUACCGCGGCAAAUUCGGCAUUUCAGGCCGCGAAUACCAGGAGAUGCUGGAUGCAAACAAAGACGAGUCUUCCGGUGGUAUCCUGAAGAAGCAGGUUGCUGGCGACUUUGACAAACGGAUAGCGGGCGAGAAAGACGUCCCGCAGAUGGUCACCAAGGCAAUCAAUCAGACAGUCAAGUGGCCUUCAACCGUGCAGACUCUGAAGGGUCCUUUCACUGCGGGCUUCUCCAAGACAGUACGGUAUCUGCAGGAGAAGAGGCAGAAGGCGAAGAUGAAAUAA